AUGGGUUCCGUUCUUGGGAUCGUGGACACAAUUACGAACCCGUUGGUUAUAGCAUUGACGAACGCAUGCGUCCUUGCGAAAAGACUUCACGAAUUGGAAGUGGAUCAUUAUCCUAGCAGUCCCAUCGAUGCCCUAAGCCGUGUUCUUCUAAGUGGACAGGAACAACGUUCCCCCGAGAUACUUCAGUACGCUUCGACAUGGCUUUGCCAUUCCCUCGCAUGUUCUGUGUUCAAAGCAUUGGAACAGGGGCGCCGAAGCCAAUACGAGGGCAGUCAUUCGCGUUCUGACCAUCUCGAUUGCACCAGUGAAGAAUUUGCGGACUUGUCAAUCAACCAUCAUAAGCAAGAAUCCAAGGGCAUCGAUGAGUUGCUCGCUCUAUUUGAGGAAAUUCAGGUCACACUUCCAAAUGAGUCAUGGCCACAAUGGGCUAAACAUCCGCGGAAGUUCGACUUGAGAAUACAUGUAGAAUAUUUGAAAAAGCUGGCUCGUUUAGGACGGCAAGGUAUCGAGAGAGAGAACGCAAUCGCCUAUUCCCUCCCACCUGCGAGACAAACAUCUUUCCUACAAUUUCUCGGGACAGAAAUGCAGAGCUUAAUGGGCCUGCCUGUGACUCUUACCCAGUUCUUCAAACAGGCACUUCAAGCUCUAGAGAGGGAAGUCGUCUGGCCUGAAUACCCACUAAAGACGAAAUCAAUGCUGCAACCAGCCCUGUUCCAACCCGAAAAUCAAGAACUCUACACGCAAUUCACCAUCAUGGUCAAGUCGGAACUUGCGUGGCGAAAGGAUUUUGUUACAAGUAUGGGAUUCUUUGGUCAUGGCCCGAAAUGGCUUAUGGGUAGAGAAACAGUGAUGCUAGUAUGUGGUGCAAAUGUACCAUACGUCUUCACGCCGCUAGAAGUGGACCAGAGAGCCCAGGCAAAUGAAAUCAGGGCCGAACUAGAUGCGAACGAUGAGAAGUACUAUGAAACAAGAAAUUAA